AUGAGAGCUGGACUCCAGGUACCAAAGAAAGGAGCCAUGCCUCCCUCAAAUGAGUCAACCAACAAGUUGAAGAGGACGAUGCCAGAGCCAGAGGGAGUUCCACAACAAUCGAACAAGAGAGUUAGAAUGGAAACUGGAGUGUCGGAGCCGAUGCACAUCAAUGAUGAUGACAUGAUUGGAAAUUCUACUCCUGGAGAAACCAACAAGCUGCAGCAACCUGACGAAUCUACAAGUCCAGUCCCACACAAUGAAGAGGAAGCUGGCCGCUCAGAUCCACCAAUGGAGGAUGGAGGAGAGCGUCAACCUGAAAGCCAACAGGUGCCCAAUACAUCUUCGAUUUCUCAUCCGGCAGAGACCAUAUUGAAAGUAAUGGCGGCGGAGCUGUCAAGCGCAACGAAGAACGGUAUUGAAGGUGAAAUAUUCUGCUUUGAAGCAAUGUUCCCAGCUUACUCUGGAGAAGCCGAGCAGGAUCCGUUGAAGAUUUUCAAGGCAACCUCUGACCCUGACACAAUGUACAUGCAUGAAGCUAUGCGUGAGAAGGAUGCAGGUGAAUUUCGAAAGGCGAUGAAGAAGGAAUGGGAAGACCAACUCAAGAACGAGAACUUCUCAAUCAUCCAUCGGACAUCAGUUCCAGAGGGAGCCACAAUCUUUCCAACGGUAUGGCAAAUGAAACGAAAACGAGAUAUUCGAACGAGGGAAGUCAAAAAGUACAAAGCAAGAUUGAACUUUGAUGGGUCCAAAAUGAAAUAUGGACGAGACUACGACCAAACAUAUGCACCGGUCGCAAGUUGGAACUCGAUUCGAACUCUUCUGAUUGUCUCUGCAAUGCUUGGGUGGAAAACCAAGCAGAUCGACUAUGUCCUGGCAUUUCCGCAAGCACCAGUUGAGAGGGAGCUCUACAUGAAACUUCCAGCUGGUUUCAAAGUUGUCGAUGGAAACAGUAACGAAUACAUUUUAAAGUUGCAUCAAAACAUUUAUGGAGGAAAGGCAGCAAGCCGAGUCUGGUAUCAAUAUUUGACGAAGGUUCUCGUCGAUAAAUUGGAAUUCAAGAAAUCCAAUUACGAUGAAUGUGUCUUUUACAAAGGAAAUGUGAUGUAA